GGACUCAAACACCUCAAACAAAAGAUACUUGGUGUCAACAAAGCAAAAGGUUUUGCACUAUUUGUUCUUAGAAAGUAACAAUUAGGGCAAUUAAUUAUUGACUAUAAAUAUUCUGUAUUACAGAUCAACCCUUGAAACUGCAAUGAAACAGGACUGUCUGCUCUGCCUUGUUUCAUUUCUUUUAUGGAUAUGCAGUUGUUCUCCAAAUGAUCUUGGAGGAACUUGUGGACGCCCACCUUCUGUGGACAAUGGAGACAUCUUAGAGAUAGCCAAGGUGCAAUAUUUCUCAGGUGAACUUGUGACUUAUCAAUGCCAAAGUUACCAUAGAAUGGAAGGAUCUCCAAGAGUGACUUGUCAAAAUGGCCACUGGACAGAAAAACCAUCAUGCAGAGUUCCUUGUACAGCAAAUGAAGAAGAUUUGAAGCGACACAAUAUAAGCCUGAGAUGGAAGUCAGAUGUUAAAAUAUAUUCUGAGGAUGGAAGUACAGUUGAAUUUGUAUGUAAAAGAGGCUAUGGGCCACAUCCAAAUUCCAAACCAUUUAGAGUUACUUGCAUAAAUGGGAAAAUGGACUAUCCACAUUGCAUUAAUGCAACUGCCAGUUGUCGUCACUGCCUAAGGAGUUGCCUUUCUGUAUCCCACUCUGGAUAGAAUGGCUCAUGUAGAAAGGUGAAUGGUCUAAGUAAAUGAAUGACGGGAGCCUUUUUAAACCGGCAUAUGAAUGUCAGUAAUCAUGGAUCAUUCCCCCCUAAUAAUGCUACAUGAAACUUAAUUGUGUUUGGAAAAUGUAUUUUCUCUGGAUUGUCUGCAGCUGUUCACUUGAAGCUAAAAGCCUACUUUAUAAAAGCCAUAUUUUAGCAAUUGUUAUCAUUGUUAAAAUGAUAAUGCAGUUAUCAACAAAUAUAUAGGCCAUCUUUAAGUCAGUUAAAGUAUUAUAAUGUAACAUGAUCUAUUUUUUAAAAAAUGUACCUGAAAUCAAGCAUGUAUACCUUUUACGUAUAAAUUGUUAGCCAAAACAUUUGAUUAAUGAGAAUUACCAGUCAGCAGCACUUCUUAUAUAGUGGCAACAGAUCAUUGAAAUUGAUAUUUUCAGCAUGACGAAGUAUUGAAUUCAUUAAAUGAAUAAAAGACCUCUGCAAAAAUGAUUUUCAUAUUUUAUUUUCAAAAGAGAUAUAAAUUCUCAUAGAUAUUAGCCAAGAUGAGUAGAUGUCCUGAUGCUGUUUGGGUUUAAUGGUUUCAUCAUGGCUUAUGCCUACAAAGCUCUUUCCGAAGUGCAACAAUUUUAUUCACAAGAAACAUUCACUGUCAUGUGUGAUGAUUUACACUUUCAUGUAUAUCGCAUAAACAGCCUUUUUCGCUAGUUCCUGGAAAUAAACUUUGCAAUGUUUACCAAA